GGCAUUGGGAUAAGUCGAUAGAUGCUUGCUUAGCUGCUGGAAAUAGAGGAGUGGAAUACCGCCCGAGCCUAACAAGCUAGUCAGCCAUGUGUUAUGGAGGCGACGGCGAGCCAGGUGAAUGAAUUCUCCGGGUGGAAGAGGCAGAAAGAAAAAGGGCUCAGCCAGCGCCAGCUCCCCGCCCGAAGGCGACGCCCCCAGUCAGGUGUCGCUCCAUAAGAGGAAUUUGUACUACUUUUCCUACCCACUGCUGGCUGUGUUUGCGCUCUUCCGAGUCCUCGCCCUGUACUUGGGCAUUCUGUUCGCCUGGAUUUGCGAGCGGCUGUCCCAAGCUAUGGCGGCCAGAGCUAAACGGCCGGAGGACAUCGGUAAAGAGGAAUAUGAAGACAGCGGCGAGCUGAUCCGAAACCACCACAAGCAGGCCUUUGAGUACAUCUCUGUUGCCCUAAGGAUCGACGAGGAUGACAAAGGUCAUAAAGAGCAGGCAGUGCAGUGGUACAAGAAGGGAAUUGCGGAGUUGGAGAAGGGCAUCGCCAUCGAGAUUGCAGGACAAGGGGAGAAGUUUGAACGAGCAAAGCGUCUCCAGGCCAAGAUGACCACCAAUCUCAUAAUGGCUAAGGAUCGACUAGAGCUUUUAGCAAAACUUCCCCCAGGUUCAGCUCAGAGAGACAUCUAUACAGAAAGCACAAACCAGCCCUACCAUAAUGGCCAUCUCCGUUCAGUGAGUGGGGCGGUGCCCAAAAGGAAGGAUCCCCUGACACACUCUAGUCACUCUCUACCACGAUCAAAGCAUGUACCCAAAACCCCCCCGAUGGGACCCCACGGGCACCAGCGCUCCCCCAGUUACAGUGGGCCCCCCGGCUCUAGCGCUGCCAGAACUACCUCCCAGCCCUCCCACGGUAACAAGGGCCCUGCUAAAGCUGGCAACCGGCAGAACAGCAAGCCCACCACGCCCACGGGGACCCCGUUCAAAAAGAGGGACAUGAAGAACUUCAAGAACGUGGACAGCAAGCUGGCCAAUCUCAUCCUGAACGAGAUUGUGGACAGCAGUGGGUCGGCAGUGCGGUUUGAGGAUGUCGCUGGGCAGGAUCUUGCCAAGCAGGCCCUCCAGGAGAUCGUCAUCCUGCCUGCCCUUAGGCCAGAACUGUUUACAGGCCUCCGGGCGCCUGCGAGAGGCCUGCUUCUCUUUGGCCCGCCAGGGAAUGGGAAGACCAUGCUGGCCAAAGCCGUUGCCAUGGAAUCCAACGCGACCUUCUUCAACAUAAGUGCAGCCAGCUUGACCUCUAAAUAUGUGGGAGAGGGCGAGAAGCUUGUCAGGGCCCUGUUUGCCGUUGCGAGAGAGCUGCAGCCUUCCAUCAUUUUCAUUGAUGAAAUUGACAGCCUCCUCUGCGAGAGGAGAGAGGGAGAACACGACGCCAGCCGGCGACUGAAGACUGAGUUCUUAAUCGAGUUUGACGGGGUCCAGUCUGGAGGGGACGACAGGGUGCUGGUAAUGGGGGCCACCAACAGGCCUCAGGAGCUGGAUGAGGCUGUGCUGAGGCGAUUCGCAAAACGGGUCUAUGUGGCUCUACCAACAGAAGAGACACGAUUCAAACUGUUGAAGAAUCUCUUGGGGAAGCAUGGAAACCCACUAAACCAAAAAGAGCUGGCCAAGCUUGCCAGACUGACAGAGGGUUACUCAGGUAGUGACCUGACUUCCUUGGCAAAAGAUGCUGCUCUGGGACCUAUCAGAGAACUAAAACCAGAACAGGUGAAGAACAUGGCAGCAAAUGAGAUGCGGAACAUUAAGUUCAGUGAUUUUGUGGAGUCGUUGAAAAAAAUAAAGCGCAGCGUCAGCCCACAGACUCUGGACCUGUACGUGCGGUGGAACAAAGAGUACGGGGACACCACUGGGGUGUAAAACAGCGCCCCCUCCUGCGUGGAAGCUCACAGACGCUGAAAUGGGGGAGGAAGAAGAGGACAGAGUGCAGAAGAGGAUGUUGAGGAUUCCUCUGCUCUCUUUUUGUGGUUUUCCUUCAAAGAAGGAUAAAGCACCAACAGACCAUACAAGGUUACCCUUUACUUUUAAAAGUCUGUCCUCUUUAUCCUGCAAUGUGUGCUUCUAACAUCUGCAUUAAUGCACAGAAUAAUCCCCAUUGUUUAUGAUAUUGGAUGCAUUCUUCAGCAAUUGGCAGCCACAGGUCUCCUUGGCGCUUACAGACUGGGCACAGAAUACGGAGAAUAGUGGAAGGCUUUGGUGAAAUUUAUGUAAAUUCUACAGACAACUCUGUAGUUGUCUCACUCCAGGGUGACAAGAAGUAAUUACAUUUCACCCAUUCUGUAAUUCACUUACACAGCUGGAUUUUUAUAAUUUGUAACUGAGGUCUGGAGUCGAGUGCAGAAUUCACUACAUAACACCGCUGCCCUAAUAUUGGUAGUGAAGAACAAUAUGUGAAGGUUUAAAGGGUUUGAGACAAUACAUCUUCAAGCCUUGCCUGGCUUGUGUGCGCCAGUGAACAGUGGUGAUGAUUGAUGUUUCAUUAAUUAGGUUGUGAAGAUGUGAUUAUGAACUGUGCCUUUGUUUAAUAAAAGGACACUGAAAAUAGGUGUUGUGCCCUGAAGAGGACUAUGCUGUGUAGAGAUCAAUCUAGUCUUCCGUUAGAUUUUUUUUUUUUUUUUU